AUGGAUCGGGCCCUACCUGGCCAGUUUUUGGCCGAAAGUGGCGCGGGUCUGGAUAUCUUUCCAGGGACUGAGAUCAUGCUCAACCCUAACAGCACUCACGAGCGAAGUGCAGGCACCGUACUUUCUCCGCAGCCAUCAAAAGACCCAAGAGACCCUUUGAACUGGUCCCGACGUUGGAAAUAUGGCGUAAUAACUACGCAGUUUCUGUUCCUGUUCGUUGCCGUCGAGUCCGCUCUGUCCAUGGGACCUAUGUUCCCUCUCUUCGCGAAGGAAUUCUCUCUUGGUGAAACCGAGCAAAGCCUGCUGACCGGCGUGUGCGUUCUUGCCUUGGGCUUUUCAAACUUCAUCAUUGUCCCAUGUUCGAAUAUCCUAGGCCGCCGCAUUACCAGUCUUGUUCUCUGUCUUCUAGGCGCUGGGACAUGUAUCUGGCAAGCCCUGGCAUCGUCGUAUUCCUCGCUGCUGGCUGCCCGCGUCGUCAACGGAGUCGCAACAGCAACAAGUGAGACACUGCUGGUACAGGUAGUCUCCGAUAUGUUCUUCCUCCACGAGCGCGGCCUCUGGACAGGCGUUUACUUCAUGGGAUAUUUCCUGGGGCUGUUCAUUGGGCCCGUGAUAUCCGGAAAUAUUGCAGAGCGGUUCGGCUGGAGAAGCUUCUUCUGGCUCUCACUGGCGAUGACGCUUUUCAAUUUCGUUACACUGUUGCUUUUCUUCCCAGAAACCAAGUUCCAGCGACCUGAAUUGUCUGACCCAGCAAUAACAUCCCCCGAAGUAACCGAAUGUAAAGUGGAUUGUGAAGAAGUUGAGGACGAUACUGCCACAAGUCCACCCAUGUCCAGCCGUGGACGGCCAUCUGCUGCUCAGUUCAAACUCUGGCAGAGUCCUGAUCCACAGUGGAAGGCAUUCAUCGCCCGCGACGUCUUUACCCCGAUAUAUGUGUUUAUCUUCCCGAUCAUCUUCUGGGCCAGCCUCAACGUAGCGGGGCCUGCCAAUGUCCUCCUCUACUGGAACCUUACCCAGUCUCCUGUCCUAAGCACACCCCCAUACAAAUUCACCCCCUCCGCAGUUGGAUACUCAAACUUUGCCUUUGUCGUUGGCGGUAUUAUUGGACUGGCAACUGCCGGUCCUCUCUCUGACUGGAUUGCCAUCAAGGCCACCAACCGCAACAACGGCAUUCGCGAGGCAGAGAUGCGGUUGCCGGCCCUGAUCCCCUUUUUUCUAACCACCGUCGUCGGAAUCGUAAUUGGCGGCGUCGGAUAUGACCGCCAGUGGGACUGGCCUGUUGUUCUUGUUGUAGGGUACGGCCUGUCAGGCCUGUGUGUCACUGCCGUGCCAACAAUCGCCAUCGCAUAUGCUAUCGACUGCUAUAGACCCAUUUCCGGAGAAAUCAUGGUGGUGGCGACGGUGAUUAAAAAUACCUGCGGCUUCGCGAUGAGCUACUGGGUGUCUCCUCUAGCAGCUCGCGAGGGAUGGAUCUCGCCGACCAUGGUGGAAUUCGCGCUAACUGUUGGACCGAUGUUGCUAGGGAUUCCGGUUUAUUUGUUUGGCAAGGGGCUUCGACGACUCACGCGCAAUUCGAGAGUGCAUUUGUAUAAUACAUGA